GGUCUGGAAGUCAGUUAAAGCAGGAAGUAGCACUGAUACUGAAUCUGGGGACAGACGUCGUCUCACGGAAAGGAAUUCUUAAGGCUGAAACUGUAAAAUCACAUUGAGUUACCGUGGUGCCAACAUUUUCCAGUUAGCCUUCCCAACCUGAUAGCAAACACUUGGCUCUUGCUGGGAGUAUGAGGAAAAUGAAGCGUGCCUGCUGCCGAUUCACUGGAAGGAGAAAGCUGCAGGGAGCAUCUUCUGGUGAAAAUACAUCAAUGCUUCCCAAAGAGGCUCAAAAGGAGCAGAAAUCAAAUGGGAUAGCGAGAGUGAAAAAUAUGGCAGACAAAUUGCUGAAGAAUUUGUCCUCUGUGAAGGAGAAAACUGAAGAGAAGCCUGUGGACAAAGAGUCUGGUGGGAGGCAGUAUCUCUCAGAUCAAGCCAUUUGUGAAUUGAUAGAUCAAGCAAAAUUUCUUGAAGCUUGUAAUCACAUUUAUGAUCUGGAACAAUCUGAACAUAAGAGUGAAAUAAAGAUUGACUCACUUUACAAAAAAGUAGCAGAAAGAAUGUGGUCAGUUGUGCAAGAAGAAAUCAGUGGAGGUGAUAGUAUGUUACUGGAGCCACUGAAAUCAGUAGGUGCAUCACUGAAGUGGAAGAAAGAGAAAGAAAAAGAAUGGUUUGACAGUGUCAAAGACAUGGAAUCUGUUUCAACGUGGAGCCCAAAAUACUGGAAUAAAGAUCUGGAGAAACUGCUAAUGGAGUGCAUGGCAACACAGAUUCCCUCCUUUGUGUCUGCUAGCAACACAGAUGAGUCUGCAUUAAAAGAUCAUCUGAGUCAGUUGGAAACCACAAUUUUUCCCAACCUGAGAUGUAAAAGAGAUGUCUUCAAAGAAGCAGGAUUGCUCACUACCUAUACAAAAUGUUGUAAUGCCUGUUUGUCCUCUCACCUUUCCACACUUACAGACGGUGAUAUGAGCUUCAGCAAAUGUCUUCUCAUUUAUGAAUGGGGCUUUAAUAUGUACAGAAGCGAGAAGCUGCUGAUGCCCCACUGGACUCCACAGCAGAGGCUCUUAGCUGAUGCAUAUGUUCUCAAGUGGAUUUUUUCAAAUGUGGAGGAAAAGCUGCUCACAGUCACCCAGAAGGAAGUGAGAGAAGCGCUCAGACAAGUAAUUACCGCGGGGGAAAAACCCUAUACAGACACUACAAUCAUUCAGGUAUUAACAGGGAGGGCACAGGCAGUCCAGCAUAUCAGUGAUACCAUAAAAGACAGGGUGGAAGCUGUAUGUUUGGAAGAACUUCUGCAUUUUCUGCAUAGCUAUAAACAUGAAGUGAGAAGCCUUCUCCAACUUGACACCUUUUCUGAGACCUACAGCAAUUUGCAAAUACUUGAGAACUGCUGCAUUUUCAGAGCUGCUUGGCAUAAGCUAACGUACAUCUACAGUGCUAGUGCUGACACUGAUGCUAAAGUGAAGGAAUUUAUAGACAGUACAGAAAAACAGAGUAGAGAACUUCUUCUGCAGGCAAUUACUUCUAAAGUCAAGGUGGCAUUGAAGGAUCACUUCAGAAAAGAUAAUAGUGAUUUUGACAAAUUUCUAGACUGUUUACGGUCAAGUUUUUCAAGGUUUGAGAUGAAAAAUACAGAGACCUAUGAGACCCUCAUCCAGACUGUACAUCACAUCAUUGUCACUGAGUAUGUUCAGGCUCUCCUAACUGCUUCUGGGAAGUCAUCUUCUGCAAAGCGGAGGAAAAUUGCCAACAAAAUUGAAGUGGAUCACCGGGCAAUUCGAACGCUCUUUGAAGAAUGCUUCGGCCCUAGAACUGCUUCACUGGAUGACCCUAUUGAAAGUAUCCUAGAUUUUAUUCUACUUACUGACAUCGAAGCAAUGAAAAUACAGCUUGUGCUUCUUCUCCUCAAGUUUCCAGAUAUAAGGAAAGAACAUCUGAAUAUAAUCUUGGACAUCAAAGGAUCUCUCAAUGGGACAGACAGAAAUGCCAUGUUGGAGGUGGUUUAUGAUAAUUGUGUGGGAUUUGAAAGAGGACACAAUUCAUUUUUUGAAGCGAUAGAAAUAAAGCCUGGAAAAUAUGGCGUCUGUGGCUGCUGCUGCUGCUGCUAUUAGGAAAGGUGAGUGUGUGUGAAUACAUAUGCAUAUAGGUGUGUGUAAUUAGAUUUAUAGCUAGAUAAUGUAAUAGUUGCUGUGACUGUAAUGCCACUUUUUUAGAUUUCUAAUACAAAUCUGCAUUAAUAACUCUUAUAUAGCAUUUUCCACCUGUAGAUCUCUGAGUGUCUUUAAGUAUCAUUUUGCAGAUGGAGCAGCUGCAGUACAGAGUGCUUAAGUGACUUGACCAAGUUACAGCAGGUCAUUGGAAGAGCUGGGAAUAGAACCCAGAACUCUUGGCUCCUAGUCUAAUUUUCUUUUCCUGUUUAGAGACAGCAGAGUGAAUCACAGAGCACAGGGCCUGGUCAGACAGUCCAACCAGCCCUGCUUAGGAGUGACAAUCCCUAUCCUUUUUAAACAAAUACUUAAUGUUUUUCCAUUUUGUCCCUCCAUAAAUCUCCCCUAGUCCAAUGCAUUUCAACAGAGUUCAUAGAUUCAUAGAUUUUAAGGCCAUUAGGAACCUUUAUGGUCAUCUAGUCUGACUUCCUCCUUAACACUGUCCAGAGAAUUUCACCGUGACUCCUGCAUUCAAGCCCAUAACUUCUGGGAGAACUAGCACAUAUCUUCUAAAAAGAUAUCCAGUCUUGAUUUAAAGACUUCAAGUGAUGGCCAAUGCCUACUCAUUCCAGUGGUUAAUUACCCUCGCUUUGAAUAAUUUACAUCUUAUUUCUAGUCUGAAUUUGUCUAGCUUCAGCUUCACACCCUAGGAUAUUGUUAAAUCUUUGGCUGCUGAUUAGAGCCCUCUCCCCAUGUAGGUUUAUCUCCUCGCUCUGUACUGAGAGUGCAUUCACACACUGUUUUAUUUCAGUUUCACAAACAUUUCCUUUCUCACACUCAGGUCUAAUAUGGAAAGUCAGAAGCCACCCUCCUUGCCUGUGUCACAAAGACUCCAUCAUCAGCAGGCAACAUCUGAGAUCACAGCUACUUGAAAGUUACGAGGAAUGGCAAACAGUAUUUGUCUGCUGAAAACAGCCUGUAGGCCAUGCGAGAACAUGUGCCAGAGUGUUCAAGACAAGAAGAUCACAUAAACCCAAACUGUGGUUCCCUGCACAAAGUCCAACUGAAAGGGGGAAUGCACAUGGUUAGUGGGGUAGAAUCCUCCCUGAAACCUGCAGCUAGAUUCUUGCUUAGCUGGGCUAUGGCUGCUAGGGAGAGAAGCACUGGACAGAGCCACAUCUUGCUUCGGUCGGGGAUUGGGUCAGUAAGCCCCUGCCAUUUCCCCACUCCUCCCACAAUGCUCCUUUCCACAGUCCUGCACAGAGAGCCACUAUGUAGCAUGUUCUGCGGCAUGCAGAGGGCUGCGGAACCCUUCUGGUGCAUGGUUACCACCUAGCAUCCUGCUCAGCCGGAAGGUGGCAUUUCCACAGCAUUUGGGGCCUUGUGCGCCCACGGAGGGGAAGCAGGAUGUGGCACUUAGCUUUUGUGUCCCAUUCAGCUGCUUAAAUGGAAAGUCAUACUAAUAGCACAGAACUUACCUCAAUCCCUAGUAGCCCAUUGCAAUGGAUUGUGGAUAUAGUGUAAUUAGUAUCUUCGUUUUAUAACUGGCUUCAGAGCUGAGUUUGUCUUUUCAUCCAUAUAACUCAGUUUACUGAAAAUUUCCCCUGCUGUAAAGCUCUAAUUUCUUUAACGUGGGAAUUUUUGCUGUGGAAAUCUCAUGUGCAGUGGACAGUUAAAAUAGCUGUUUCCGCUAAUCCUCUGGGUCGGUGUAAACUGCUUUCAGAUGUGAAUAGACAAGAAGUACAGUAUGGGAAAAUAAUAGGCCUUCUUUUUGCCCAUGUAUAGGCUGGUCAUAAUUUCAGAGCUGGAUUUGGUUCAAGGCCUCAUUUGCUAUUGUGUUAAUAUAGGUCACUGCCAUUCUGGUGCUCUCUGACAAGUGUAAACAAAUUAGCCGUGCAGAAAAGAACUGCUGUAUCAGACACUCUUCAACUCUCGUAGGCAGCCAUUCUGCAUCAGUGACAGCUUCCUCAAACAUGGCCUUUCACCCCUGUUUUGCUGGCAGUUCAAUGUGCUCAUGAUUAAUUAGGA